UUACUUUUCAAUACAGACACAGUUGGACAGCUGCAGCAGGAGGUAGCAUCACCAGACUCUCCCAGUCGAAUACCGAUCGCCAAGCAGAAGAACUGUAAGAUGGCGCAGGCUAUAUUUGAGGUGCUGGAAGGCAUGGACAAUCAGACAGUGUUGGCUGUCCAGUCCUUGCUGGAUGGUCAAGGAGGUGUUCCUGACCCCAACAACCAAAAUGUCUCCGGAACGACAGCAAUACAGUCUAUGGAUGACGAGGAUGUGUUCUUGUGUGGCAAAUGUAAGAAACAGUUCAACUCCCUGUCAGCCUUCAUGUCACACAAGAGGGAACCGUGCCAGUCGAGCACCCCGUCUCUCUCUACUGUGUCCUUGGCAUCCACUAACGCCUACACACCCGUCCCCUCCAUUACCUCAGGGCCGCCGGGCAGUGCCAAUAGGCAGGUGUCCACCUACAUCACCGUCCCCCCGUCCCCUUUGACACACACUCUGGUCCAAGGCAACGUGCUGGUCAGUGAUGACAUCCUCAUGUCGGCCAUCUCAGCCUUCACCUCCAUUGACCAGCCUAUGGCCACCAUGCAGACACCUAUACAGAGUAACCCUAGCAUGCAUACAACUGGCAUAUCGUAUCUUCAGCAUCAUCACCACCACCAUCAACAACAACAACAACAGCAGCAGCAGCAGUCAUCCUCGCACCCCCUGCCUCCAGGCCAGACUCCGGCACACCCUUCACCUCCAGGACAGCCCAGUCUCUCCUCCUCAAACAUCCCAGUCAGCCACAGCAACUCUGUAGUUCAGGUCUACAGCACACUGCCACACAUGGCUGCCGGUGGUAAUGCGGAGAUCCAUACACUGGGUCUGCAUCCAUUUCAUUCUGUGCAGGUUCCCAGUCAGUGUGUGGAGAGCCAGUCGUUCACCACCCCUCCCGUCUACAGCCCAGGCAGGCUGGGCAUCAAAACCAAGACGUGCAGCGUCAACGCCAACACCGCCGAGUUAGGGGAAUUUGAAAAACUUGUUGGCCCUAAACGGCUGCGGAAUGGAAGAAAAAGCCCUGACGUAGCCGCAGCAGAGUCGCUGAAAGCCAAAGGUCCGAAACUGAAGUGCAAUUUCUGCGACAAAAUCUUCUCCAAGAACUUUGACCUUCAGCAGCACAUUAGGAGUCACACAGGAGAGAAACCAUUUCAGUGCAUCGUGUGCGGUCGAGCCUUUGCCCAAAAGUCCAAUGUGAAGAAACACAUGCAGACACACAAGGUGUGGCCUAUGGGCGUGGCCAGCACGGUAUCAAGGCUACCGAUCACAGUAAAGGUCGUGCCGGUGUCAACCAAUGAGGCGGAGGAAGGGAAUCAGCAGUGUGAACAGGAGGAGGCGGGGCUACGACAGCAGGUGACUCAAGAAGACGACUCAGCACAGACAGCCUCAGGGCAAGUGGAGGAGAUCACGCCAGAUGCUGAUGUGGAAGGCGUCGGCGAUGAACCCGCAACCACUCAACCUCACAGCCAGGAGGGCAACCCUCUAGCUCAUACCAAACAGAUGGUGGUGAUUGACAGCUCAUACCAGUGCCAGUUCUGCUCCAGCAAGUUCAAGACCUACUUCCAGCUCAAGUCCCAUCUCACCCAACACAAGGGGGAGCAGGUUUACAAAUGCGUGCUCAAGUCCUGUUCCCAGACUUUCCAGAAGCUGGAUCAGUUCCUGGAGCACAUCAGGACUCACCAGGAACAACUGACCUACCGCUGCCACCUCUGCAGCAAGGUAUUCCCGUCACUGUUUGAACUGGGAGUGCACCAGUACUCCCACUGCUUCUGCCCGCAGCAGAGCACACGGAAGGAAACCACAGUGUACAGGUGUGUGAAAUGUCAAAGCAGAUAUUCCACUCAAGAAGCUUUAGAGCAACAUCUACUGACCGCUUCACACAACUUCCCCUGCCCUCACUGUAAUAAGGUGUUCCCGUGCGAGAGAUACUUCCGGCGACAUCUCUCCACUCACGGCAUUGGCGGAAGGUUCAAGUGUCACGUGUGCAAGAAGGCCUUUAAGACGGAACACUACCUCAAACUUCACACGCGCAUUCACUCAGGGGAGAAGCCGUACAAAUGCUCCGUAUGCGACGCCACUUUCAACAGGAAAGACAAAGUUAAGCGUCACAUGCUCAUCCAUGAGCCCUUUAAAAAGUACAAGUGUCCUUUCAGGACACAUGUCGGCUGCACCAAAGAAUUCAACAGACCAGACAAACUCAAGGCACAUAUUCUGUCACAUUCAGGCAUCAAACCCUUCAAGUGUCUCUUCUGUCAGAAGGCGUUCAGUCGCAGGGCCCACAUGUUGGAGCACCAGCAGUCACACACGGAUAAUUACCGCUUCCGAUGCUCCGCCUGCAACAGAGGCUUCUCUAGACAGAGUUACUACAGAGACCAUAAAUGUUCAGGAGCAGCCAAUGACAAGAGACAUGAUGAUGAUGAUGAUGAUCAGGACGAUGAGGAUUUGGAACAGGAAGUAGAGGAAGCCGGGAGAACAAGGAGUGGAGGUCGGUUUACGAGGCGGUCCAGGAGGUCGAGGACCGAGGCCAGAGAAGAUGACAACCAGGAGGUGAGAACAGAGGAGGAAGGAGAGCAGGAGUUGACAGAUGAAGGCGGUCAGGCAACGUCGUCCAUGAUGCAAAGACAGCAGGAAGUGGACAUAUCACAGCAGAUCCACAGCAGCAACUCUUAAGAACAUUUCCCUGGGUCUUUGUUAAAUUAUUUGUUUUACAUUAAAACGUUAUGAAAACACACUAGCAUGCAUGCAUGGUCUGAAAGAUGC